AUGGACUGGGAUAUUGACAUCUUCAACCUGGACAUCGACGAGCAUGCCCUGAGCUGCAGCAUCCAGUCCAUUUUGUCGGACGAUUCUAUAUUCAACUCUCUGCUACAGACUAGCAACGCAUCCGAUAGCGAGCAAACAUCGUCCGUGUCGUUGACGUCGACGACGACGUCCUCAUCAUCAUCUACGAUGCUGCUAUCGCCAUCGCUGUACGAGCCAAACACAUUGCCGCCAUUGUUGCUUCCGCUAGAUUCGAUCCUGCAGCAGCCGACGGGUCUGAAGUCGCACAAAAGCACUUCAUCUCAUGACGACAAGUUGAGCGAGCACGAUUCAGGGAAUUCCAACGGAUCAUCAUUGGAGUCGGAGGAAUCGCUGUCUGAGGCAACGCCCUCGGAAGGGUCAACCAAUGGCAGUGACGCGGAAAAUGAUGCUCCCGAGUUGAGGCCGUUCGAGUGUGCCGAGUGUGGUAAAAGCUAUACCCGGAAGCUGUAUCUAAUGCGACACUACGUCCAGCAUACCCGCGAGCGGCCGUAUCAGUGCGAAGUGUGCGACAAAAGCUUUGCGUACGCCAGUUCGCUGUCGUCACAUCGGAAACUGCACCUGGCUUCGUGUGAGCACAAGUGUGACAUUUGUAACAAAACAUUCACCACGGCGGACAUGCUGGCGGCUCACAAAACGGCAAUUCAUUUCGGCGAACGACCCUACAAGUGCAAACUGUGCAAGAAAACAUUCGUCCUGUUGCAUGCCUACAAAAGUCACAAAAAAUGGCACCAACAGUUUAAUCCAUAUAAAUGUGCGGUUUGUGAGAAAGAGUUUAUGAAAAAGAUCAGCUUGAAGAGUCAUUUGAGGGUUCAUACCGGUGAGAAACCAUUCUCGUGUGACAUCUGUCAGAAAAGCUUCACGCUGUCUUCUACAUUAUCUUCGCACAAGAAGCUGCACGGAGAAAAGCCAGCGAUGCAGUGCGAAACUUGUGGAAGAAGAUUUACGCAGGCCAGUGCUUUGUCUACACAUAAGCACCUGCACACGGAAAAACGUCCCCAUAGUUGCGAGUUAUGUGGAAAACGCUUUAUACGGCUUCACGCCUUGAAAAUUCACAUCCGAACACAUUCCGACGAACGGCCCCAUCAGUGCGAUCUGUGCCCGAAGAAUUUCCUGGAGAAACACGUUCUAAUCAGACAUCUGAAGACUCACACGGACGAGCGCCCGUACAGUUGUGACACUUGCGGCAAGGCGUUCAAGGAAAAGUACGACCUGUUGCGGCACGUUCUGAUCCACACCGGUCAGAGGCCGCACAAGUGCGACGUGUGCUCGAAAACCUUUGUGCAGUCGAAUGCACUGACCAAACACCGACGGCGGCACGAGCGGGACGACGAUGGCGCUGCCGGAAUGGCGUCGGAUAAGGGAAAGGUGUUGCAGAAGAGUCAGAAGAUUGUUGGUGCAGUGAAGAAGUGUAAGACUGGUUCCGUCGUUGCUGCAGGUGGGUGGAAUGCCGGCCCGAUGCCGGAAGAAGUCUAG